AUGUGGGUGAAUGGAGGAAUGGGGGAAGGAGAGGGAGGAGGAGGAGGAAGCCAAAGUCGGCCUCCUCCCCCUUUGGCAAAAAUCAGAUAUGGUGCGGCGGAGCCCUUGGAUUUCCAUUGGUCCCUUUGCUGCCGUAAUGCAUGCCGUCCUUAUGGUCCUGGUGCCAGUCGUGGCGUUACAGAAACAGCUAGAACGGAGCUAUGUGGAAAACAUGAACCUUGGAGGAGCUUAGCUGAAAACAUGAAUAUUGGAGGGAGUGGAACAGAUUGCAAGGUAUCUUUCGAAAGUGAUGAUGUAGAAGCCCGUGUUGAUCAUCACUUGCUUGUUAACGGUCAAUCGAAGAUUUCACUUAUCACAGAAAUAAAACCAAAUCCAACUUAUAUCUCAACAAUAUCCGUAGUGGAAAUCCCUGUUUGUCAUCCUUUGUCAGAGUCUCAACCUCCUGAUCCAGCAUCACUUGUUGCAAGUUCAAGCAGAGAAGGAGAUGAUAAAACGAUGUCUGGGCUACAUGAAGAAAGUGAAAAUCUGAAAGAAAUGGAGCUCCCUUCAACUUCAAAGGAGACAUCUCGACAUUCUAAAAUAUCCUCAAAAAAACCUUCUCUGGCCAAUCUCUUGCCAAGAUUACCAAGGAAGCUAACCUGCCAAGAACUCGAAGCGGCAAUAUGUGGGCCUAAAAGGAAUUUCACAAACAAUGACAAGAAUCAGAACAUUUCCUUAUAUGAUGGAUACCUGCCCUCUUGUCAGUCCAGAGUUUUGAUAAAAGUAUUCAUGGGAAAAAUUAGUGGCAUCCUCGAAGCAGAAAAAACAUCAGCUGUGUCUAUGCAACAUAAGUAUAUACUGGAGUUGAUAGGAUACUACGAGUCAUGUGAAGAUUGUGCUGUUCUGGUCUAUCCGUUUGUAGAAUGCUGGGGGAACCUGGAUGAAUAUCUUACUGGCUCAGGGGAGACUGAUCAGUUGAAACUGACAUUUGAAGAUAAGCUAAACAUGGCUAUAAAAAUUGCUGAAGGUAUUCGAUACUUGCAUGAAGAAUGUCCCGGAGGCCCAGUAGUUCACGGUGACUUACAACCAAUCAACAUAUUUCUGACAUUUAACUUCCGGCCACUGAUAUCUGGAUUUGGAAAAGCAAAGUGGCUUCAUCUAAAGCGAGGAUUGCAGAUAACCCCCAACAGGUGCCGCCUUAAGGAUUUCUUGGACCAUGAAACAAUGUCUCUAGUAAAAUCAGACGUCCAAGCUUUCGGAGUUCUACUCUUGAGGUUGUUUUGCCGAAGAUCUGCACCAGAAGAUGAUGAAAGCUUGAUUCAGUGGGCUCAACCAUUGGUGUCGGAACGAGCAUUCCCUGAGUUACUGGAUGAAGACUCCAAGGAUUAUGACUCAUAUGGAGUUUAUACAGUGUUUUGUGCGGCUGCAAAGUGCACAAGUAGUAGGCCAGAUUCACGUCCAUGCAUGAGUGAGGUGAUCUCAAUUCUUAAACAAGAAAGAUUCUGCGAGAUCGAAAUGCAAUUAUCGCUGAGGAGUCUCACACUCGCAGAGUUCACUGGGGCCUAAAUUCCCAGCUCAAUUAUAUAUGGCUUGCAUCUAUGACAUUUAUCUUGAGGAUGCCAUUAGCCCCCAGAGGGAAGAUAAAAGCUUCAGAUCAGGGAGAAUCAUGUGAUCAAGAAAAUUAAAGUUACAGAAAACAGCAGAAAGCUAGCAUAACCGAGAUCUUCAUGAAUUGAUAAUUUUAUAU